UUAGUCAUUACAAUUUACAAGUAUCUCCUAAUAUAAUCUUUGUUACAAAAUGUUGUCAAAAAGUAGCCUCUCUCAGAGGAACUCGAGAAAUUAUUCAUCUCUUAAUGUAGAACCGGCGUCCCUAUCCCCAACCAUUGAUGGAAUUGAGUCACAAUCAAAUGCUUCAUUGGACACUCAGAACCCUACAACCACCGUCGCCGCCGCCCCCGCAGCCACGGGGAGAUCCAAGACGACCGUCCAUGUAACAGCCCUCGACGGCAUAGUGAACGUCAACUCACUCUUCACCAUGGCAAUCUUCAUAGGCUUCUCCCUAACUGUGCCUGCUGCCGGCAGCGCCGGGAAUGACCCGUCAUGCAUCGCUAGCGUCAAACAAGUCAGGAGACUUAUCGUUUUUGAAGUGAUUUCGUUCAGCUUCUUUCUCUUUUCCUCACUCAUAGCUCAAAGUCUUAAACUGGCAAUCAACUUGCUGAACAGCUUAGAUGCAACUGACCCUCAUAAAGCUGAUAUUGACUCUUCUUUCCACAAAUACGCCUUGUUUGGUUCCGCCAUUGGAUCUGUAUUGGGAUGUGUGUUCUUGAUGCUUUCGAUUGUGGAUUUCGUUCAAGUGAAACUGGGCGUGCUUUCUUGUGGAGGUGAACCUGUAUACGCCGUCGUAACACUGGUUGUAUCAGUAGGUUCUGCCUUACUGAUUUAUAUUACUACUUCCAUAUGUGCAUCAUUUUUUAUGUAAUCUAUUUUUUAGAGAGAAAUAGUGGAUUAUGAUUAGAUCUGCAAUAAAAGUGAAAGUGAAACUUGUCUACUUUACUCCUAAUUAUAUCAAUUGAGUUGAGAAUUUUUCUCACACUUUUCACUCA